AUGUCUUCCAUGAAGACGUUCCUUCGUCACAACUUCCGCCAUUUCAAUGCAGCCACGGUUGUGGAUGCUGCAGAUGGCUGGCAGGCUGUGCUGGACCAAAGCGGCAAGAUGCUGCUCACGAUGGGCGGUGCUAUGAGUACUGCUGAGAUGGGCUUGUCUGUGGGUCAGCUCAUCCGACAAGACAAAGUUCAUGCCCUCUGUGUGACCGGAGCCAAUCUCGAAGAGGACAUAUUCAAUCUUGUCGCGCACACGCACUAUCGCCGGAUUCCCAACUACCGGUCACUUACCGCCAAAGAAGAGAUGGACUUACACGAUCAAGGCCUGAACCGCGUCACCGACACCUGCAUUCCAGAGGACACAGCGUUCGAAAAGAUCCGGCACCAGGUUCUCGAUGUGUGGCAGGAAGCGGAGAAAAACAAUGAGCGUCUGUUUCCGUACGAGAUGUUCUAUCGGAUCUUACGCUCCAAUCGCCUCGAAUCUAAGUAUCAGAUCGACCCGGCGGAUUCUUGGCUGGUGGCUGCUGCUGAGAAGGAUCUGCCCAUCUGGACUCCCGGCUGGGAAGACUCUACCCUUGGCAACUUCUUUGCUGCUUGCACUCUGCAAGGCAAAGUCAGCUCGCCGUUGUUGAUGAAGAACGGUAUCGAGCAAAUGCAUUCGCUGAUUGCUUGGUACCGGAAGACUUCGACGACAUCGCCUAUCGGAUUUUUCCAGAUCGGUGGCGGCAUAUCGGGCGACUUUCCCAUUUGCGUUGUUCCGCUCAUCCACAAGGACCUCGAACUCCCGUGCCCUCUGUGGGCGUGCUUUGCACAGAUAUCCGACUCCACCACGUCGUACGGUUCCUACAGUGGUGCGGUGCCAAAUGAGAAGAUUACGUGGGGAAAACUUAAUGAGAACACUCCGAAGUUCGUCAUCGAGUCGGAUGCUACCAUUGUCUUCCCUUUGAUCGCACACUACUUGCUGGAGGAAGAAGUCUGA